AUGCACCCCAUCUCCCCCUCAACCCCCUGCCCGGUCUUACAAUACGCCGACGAUACCCUCAUCCUCUGCAGGGCUGCCCCCGGCGUGGCUUCCUGCCUCAAGAAAGUUCUCGAUGACUUUGCGGAUGCCACAGGGCUAGCUAUAAACUUCCACAAGUCCUGUUUCAUCCCGAUGAACGUCGACCCCGCUAGCGCUGCCUCUAUGGCUGCUCAGCUAGGCUGCCCUAUCUCCACCUUCCCCCAGCCGUAUCUGGGGCUCCCUCUCUCGCCCACUAAGGUCCCAGUCGCUGCCUAUGCACCGCUCAUCCAAUCUUUCGACCGUCGUCUUUCAGGUCGGGACUUGGGGGAGCUCUCGAGUUCCCCCUCGUUCCUUGAGCGGAUUGUCCAGGAGUGGCUUCCUCUCUACCGUGCCGUCACGCGCGUGACGGUGGUCUCCGGCUGCACCACCUCCUUCUGGCACGACCGGUGGCUCCCGGGGGGGCCGCUUGCGACGCGGUUCCCCGCUCUGUUCUCCCACUGUACCCGCCCCCAGGCGACCGUGGCGACGGUUGCCCGUCUUGGCUUCGACUUGCAGCCUCGUCUGACUGCUGCUGCGGAGGAGGAGCUCUCCGUUGCCCUCCAGCUCGCCCACAGCGUCGCGCUCUGGGGCGGCCCGGAUCUGAGGUGCAUGGACUCCCCGGCAGCUCCACGCUUCUCCACCAGGCAGGCUUACAGUCUACUCUCCCCCGCGCACCCGCCGGACCCGUCGUCCGGUAUCUCCUGGAGCCUGCGUCUCCCCUCGAAGGUGAAGCUGUUCGCCUACCUCGCCGACAUCGACCGCUUGAGUACUCGCGCCAACCUCUUCGCCAAGAGUUGUGUGCCUUCCGCCGUGUGUGCGGCUUGCCCCGCUGUGGAGACGGCCAGACACAUGUUCUUCGACUGCCCCGUCUCUGCCAGGCUCUGGCGGCGGCUGGAUGUCCCAAUCCCAGCUGGGCAGUUCUCGGUAUGGGACCUGCCGGCCCCUCUCCCCCUUGCCUCGGACUUCUGGCGUGCGGGCGUUGCGGUAACCCUCUGGAGCAUCUGGAAGGCGCGCAACGACCUGGUGUUCAACGCCGUGCGCUCCUCCCCGACAGUGAUUCUCAGACGGGUCUGUGAUGACCUCUUGCUCUGGCGGUGGCGAUAUCGGGUUGCCGACCGCCCGUCGCUCGACUUACUGCGAUCCUUCAUUCUCUCCCGCCUGUGGGAGAGCUAG